AAUUAGCUAAAAAAAAAAGAAGAAACACACUAUACUCACUACAGUGACUACACUACUCUGCUCCACUCUAAAGUCUACAGCACACCUAUAUCUUGCAACAAUACAACCAUACUUCUUCGAACGUCAUCUUAGACUUACUCAAUACACACCUCGUUCCUAACAUAGCUUAGUCGACGAGUGCUUUCCUUCGAUUUCAACAUCUAUCUGUCGUACACGAAGAACGAAUAAUAGCACGCAUUGGAGUAGCGCAAUUGUGAUUGUUACAGACGCUACGGCAAUACCUCUAAAAUGGCGGGAAGAAGACAGAUGUCUCUUGAGGCGGCCCUCGAGGAGGAGCGAAGGGAGGUGGAGAAUCUUGUGUCGAUGCAAGCCGCCAGAAGAGCCCCCUCGGUCGGCCACCGAUCUCCUUCGCCUUUCACAAACCCUCGAUCGCCCGUCCGAAGCAUGCUAGAUAUCGGUGGUGCACCUCGGAGCCCUGCCCCGCAAGCUCCAGUCCGCAGCAUGCUAGAUAUUAGCACUCCUGUAGUCCAACACAGAAGCAUGUUAGAUAUUGGCGGCCCUUCCGCUACUGCACCAUCCAGUAGAAAUACGUCGCCAACACUUUCUUUCAAGAUUCCCGGCUCGGAUAAUUCAACUCGUAACAGGAGCAUGUCGGAUGCUGGCUUGAAUCCUGUAGCUGAAUUGAGUCUGCGAUCGCCACCACCGGCACCAAUGACCCCACCGAUCUCAAGGAACACCGACCCGACGUCCUCCUACAAAUUUCACGAUAUUCUACCGACCAAUGUCGGACAAGCUAUGCCAGGUAGACGUGGUCAAACGGCUGCCAUGCGAUCAAGUUCGAUAGGUGAAGCGCUUCGCGGCCCCGACCUCUCUAAUCUAGUACUUCCUGGCGAGCACGGCCGCUUUUCCAGGAAGAACAACAAGUCUAAGUCGCCCAGCAACCGAUUCAGUAUGCGGUCCAACUCUCCCUUCGGAGCCCCUCCAGGACGCAGUCAGGCGCAGGAGUCUAUCAUGUUGAAUAACGGUCAGAUGAUGGAUAUGAACAAUGCAUAUAGAAAGCUGUCGGAUGCCAAUCUACUUUACGGCGGUUCGAGCUUAGCAUCGUUAGCCCGCAAGAGGCCAGACACCGAUGGACCUGGCCGAAUCGAAAAGGACAAUCUAAGUCCAUACGGAGAACUACUCCCAGACGAAAGUGACGAUGAUAUAGUAAACUCUUCCGACGAGGAAAUGCAUAGGGGCAGGAAACUUACCACACGUGCCGAGUCGCAAGGGCAGGAGUCUCCGGACGGCGGGAAUAUAGCCAAAAGCUUAAUGGCAGCGAUUGAGGAUGAACGAAAACAAGUUAAUGCCACUCGACCCCAUCAGUAUAGGUCACUUUUCGACGAACCGGAAAUCAUGGUCACGGGUCCGGGGGGAGAAAGAUCAAAAACAAGGAAUGGUAAGCCGGUUGUUCAGCCAUCAACAAGUUUUGAUCAGGAGCCCUUGUCCGGGACUCAAACGCCACUCGACCCCGAUUUGGAUGCCGAUGUCGAUGCUAUCAGAGCCGCACAAAAGCUACAACUAUCUUCUACUCCGAUUCUUUCCACGCCUGAAGUCCAUCGUUCUCUCCGCAUUCUUUACCGCGGCGAGUUUAAUAAGAUACAGCGGGAAGCGGACGAAGAGCACCGGCGUCUCCGUAAAUAUCUUGUAGCAACGGAUUUGAGCGAUGAGUCCACGCAUGCACUCGAAUGGGCUAUCGGGACCGUUCUACGCGAUGGUGAUACGCUCGUGGCGAUGUACUGCAUGGACGAAGAAGCCAGUGGUUCUGUUGACGCCAGUAACAUGGUGCCAGAUGAACACAAGGCUAUGAAGGAGCAAGCUGUAGCGAUCAAUGCGAUCUCUAAAGGAGGCUCGAUCAAAUCACCGUAUCGUACCGCUAGUCCCGGUCCGUUUAAGAUACAGGGGUCUUCGAUGUCGCCACGCAUUCGUGCACUUGAUGCCAGCGGUAGUAAUAAUCCAUCUCCGGCGCCUAGUGUCCGCGGGAGGAAUAGAUUACAAGAGGAGAGGGAUCGAGCUGUGCAGGAUAUUACCGAAAGGGUGUCCAAGCUUCUCAGGAAGACACAGCUACAGGUGCGUGUGAUUGUGGAGGUGAUUCAUUGCAAGAAUCCCAAGCAUCUUAUCACUGAGGUAAUUGAUAUACUGAAUCCAACAUUGGUGAUAUUGGGAAGCCGUGGCAGGAGUGCUUUGAAAGGAACACUCCUCGGAUCCUUUUCCAACUACCUAGUAACGAAGAGCUCGGUUCCCGUCAUGGUAGCACGCAAACGAUUGCGCAAGAAGAGCAAAUAUCAGCCACCGCCGAUGAAGCAAGUCAAUAACUUGGCCAACCCAUCAGCACGCAGUCUUGAGACAGCAAGAGUCGACUAGGCGUCGGGUGGAAGGGAGAUGUCAGGACCGACAGCUUUAGGAAUACCCGUUAUCAUGCCACAAAACUCAAGAUCGGAACCAAAGCUACCAGCACUAAGACGUGGUCCUCGGUCGAGUUGGAGAUUCAAAUUAGUUUAGCCAAAAAGAAGCUGAAUGGCAAGACU